AUAAUAAUGAUCAUGAUGCCUUAUCUAAAGAAAGCUCACCUAAUCAAUCUAAAAAGAAAUGUUGUGGUGGGUCUAAACAAGAUUCAGUUUGGAAUUAUGUUGAUAUUGGUAACUAUUUAGAAAAUAGGCAUUAUGGAGCAAGUU